CGGCCACAAUAACAAAAAUAUAAAUAAAUAAGAGUUAAUUUGAUACUUUUGUGUUGUUUGUUUAUUUGUAAGAGCACAACAAUUUAUAUUUAUGUUAACAAUGCUGCGUCGCACAUUGCCAAGUUGGACAGGGAGCUCCUUGCUGUGUCGUCAUAUGUCUGUGGUGGCCAAAACGCUCAAAUACUCGGAGCACGGCGAGCCGCAGGAUGUCUUGCAGCUGGUGGAGCAACAACUGGAGGGACCCAAGGAUAAGCAGGUGCUGGUGAAAAUACUAGCUGCGCCCAUUAAUCCCGCCGAUAUCAACACCAUACAAGGCAAAUAUCCGGUGAAGCCCAAGUUUCCAGCUGUUGCGGGCAACGAGUUUGUGGGCGAGGUAGUCUGCGUGGGCGAACAGGUCAAGUGCCUGAAGCCUGGCGAGCAUGUGGUGCCACUAGCAUCCGGCCUGGGCAGUUGGACGACUCAUGCGCUCUACAAUGAGGAUCAGCUGCUGGGCGUAUCCAAACGUGUGGGCUUGGCUGAAGCAGCCACUAUAACAGUGAAUCCCUGUACUGCCUAUCGCAUGCUCAAGGACUUUGUGCAGUUGGCCCCAGGAGAUACCGUUAUACAGAAUGGCGCUAAUAGCGCCGUUGGGCAGGCAGUGCAUCAGCUGUGCCGCUCCUGGAACAUCAACAGCGUGGGCAUUGUGCGCAAUCGUCCGGAAAUCGCGGAUUUGAAGAAAAUGCUACAAUGUCUGGGUGCUAGUGCUGUGCUCACCGAGGAGGAGAUGCGCACCAGCGACAUCUUCAAGACUGGCAAAUUCAAGCGUCCCAAGCUGGCGCUCAACUGCGUCGGCGGCAAAAGUGCAACUGAAGUCUCGCGACAUUUGGACAACCGCGGCGUUAUGGUCACCUAUGGCGGCAUGUCCCGUGAGCCGGUAACUGUUGCAACUGGACCACUAAUCUUCAAGGAUAUUGCAUUUCGUGGCUUUUGGAUGACACGUUGGUCCAAGGAGAACUACAACUCGACCGAACGCACGCAAAUGUUUAAGGAGCUCUGCCUGCUCAUGGAGCAGCAACAGUUUGUGGCACCAGCGCAUGAAAUGGUGCCGUUGGCGCAGUUCAAAGAAGCGGCUGCGGCGGCGUUGAACUUCAAGGGAUUCACGGGCAAGAAGUUCAUUCUAGACAUGAGUAGAUAAAGCUGUAGAUAAAAUACCCCUAAGUACCCCCAAAACCACACUAAAAUCGCUUUGAUUUAAUCAUA